CCCCACGGGGUGCAGCGCCCACCCGUCAUCCUGGCUGGUGGUCCGGGGCUUCCUUUGGCUUCUGCCCCCACCCCACCCUCAUGUCCCCUGUGAACCCCACGCUGGACCCUGGCAAGGCCGUUUCACUUUGUCCUGGGCCACAGGACGUGGGGCUGAGCCUGCUCCGAGGUCCCCCCUUCAGCCAGAUCCACUGCUGCUGUGUCCCCCACCCCCACAAUAAGUCCAGGAUGACAGGGUCCCGGAACUGGCGCGCCGCGCAGGACAUGCGCAGGUACCGGCACCGCUACCCGGAUUUGGUAGAACCAGACUGCAACGGUGACAUGCCAAACCUGAGUUUCUACAAAAAUGAGAUCCGCUUCCUGCCAAACGGUUGUUUUAUUGAGGACAUUCUUCAGAACUGGAGGGACAACUACGACCUCCUCGAGGACAACCACUCCUACAUCCAGUGGCUGUUUCCUCUGCGGGAACCGGGAGUGAACUGGCACGCCAAGCCCCUCACACUCAAGGAGGUGGAGGCUUUCAAAAGCUCCCCGGAGAUCAGGGAGCGGCUUGUCCAGGCCUACGAGCUCAUGCUGGGCUUCUACGGCAUCCGGCUCCAGGACCGAGACACGGGCGCCGUGUGCCGGGCACAGAACUACCAAAAGCGCUUCCAGAACCUGAACUGGCACGGCCACAACAACCUGCGCAUCACGCGAAUCCUCAAAUCCCUGGGCGAGCUGGGCCUCGAGCACUACCAGGCGCCGCUGGUCCGCUUCUUCCUGGAGGAGACGCUGGUGCAGCGGGAGCUGCCGGGCGUGCGGCAGAGCGCCCUGGACUACUUCAUGUUCACCGUGCGCUGCCGGCGCCAGCGCCGCGAGCUGGUGCACUUCGCCUGGGAGCACUUCCGGCCCCGCUGCAAGUUCGUCUGGGGCCCUCACGACAAGCUGCGGAAGUUCCGGCCCGGCUCUCCACCUCGGCCACUGGCGGGUCCCAGGCAGGCGGAGGGGCGGGAGAGCCCCCAGGACCCCCUCCUCAAGACCGGCACCCAGGGGCGGACCUGCGGGCCAGGGAGGGAGGGGGGUGGGGACAGCAGGCCGGAGAGUUCCCACCCGCCAGGCGGGAAGCCCCAGGACUUGGGAACCUCGGAGAGGAGCCAGGGAAACGAGGCCGGGGACAGCAGGGAGGAUGAGUCGGAGCCCCCAAGCCCCAAAGAGGGCAAGAAGAGGAAGUUGGAGGUGAGCAGGCGUGAGCAGGCCCCAGAGGAGCCGGGCCCCCAGGGCACCUCAGAGGUGGAGAAGAUUGCUCUGAACCUGGAGGGAUGUGCCCUCAGCCAGGGCAGCCUCAACUCGGGGGCCCAGGAAGGGGGCAGCCAGGACCUGGGGGAGGCCGAGCAGCCCUGCCCCCAGCCCCCGGGGGCUGGGGUGGCCCAGGAGGUGAGGAAGCGGAGGAAGGUAGACGAGGGUGCUGGGGAUGGUGCCGAGGUGGCCAGCGGGGAGGCCCAGACCCCGGCCCCGUCAGGGAGCCUUGGGGCCCAAGAGGUCGAGAAUGGGGUCAAGGAGGAUGUGGAAGGCCCAACCGAGCCCAAGCAGGGUGCCCCCGGGAGCCCGUCACAGGGCCCAGGCCCUGCCGCCCAAGAGUGUGCAGAGCUGGGGGAGGCGGUGGAGGGGGAGGGGCCUCCCGCCACACCCACAGAGCCUUAAGGAACAGGUGCCGACCGGGUCCAGGCCCUGCUGCAGGAGUCGGGGCCUGGGCGCCCGGCUCCGCCAUCCUUGGUGCCCAGCAGUGCUGGCCUCCCCUGGUGGCCACGGUGGCGGCCGUGGCAGGAGGGAGGCCCUGCCUCAGGGAAGGCCCAGGAGCCUCGGCGUCUCGCUGCACCCCGCCCCGCUGUCCCCUGCCCCGUCUCUGCAGGUUGACGUUCAGGGUCUGGGGGUGGUGGGGUCCCAUUUUCUUAGUCUGGUGCCAAGCGAGGCCUUUUCUGAAUAAACUCACUUGACUUUGA